CUGAUCCGUCAAAACUCAACACGUGUUCUCGUCUUCGAAGAAUGUAUGUCCAGUCCGAGGAAAAUAAGUAAAGAGGUGGAACAUAAUUUAAUGACAGACUCGACUUAGACAUGGCAGCAUUCAGAUCACCCCCUCAGUUCAAUGGAGGAUUAAGGAAGUGGUAUCGGAGAUUCAACGCUUCUGCCAAGGAGUCGUGUGAUCUGUGCUGGAAAAGAUCCCUUAAUUUUCGACUAUUUUCACGAGUACAAGUAAUUAAUAUACAAAGGGAUGAAGAAGUGACCAAACCAUCUGCACUUAAUAAUCAUGGGUUCCCUAAAGCUACUGAAAAACAGCAGUGUUCUAAAGUCAAAGGACUUUAUUUGAGUCAUAAUUUAGAAAACUGUACAGUUGACUUGGCUAGGCCUACACAGCUGCAUGUUUUCGGCACACACAUAACAAAGACAUCAGUGCUGGUCAUUCCAUUCAAUAGUUUACAAAGAACUGCAUGUAGCUCAAAGUUAAAUCACAAACCUUUCCGUUGUUUGAGACAUUAUUUUACUGAUGAGUUCAAAGGGCAAAGAGAUGAGACUGAAGAGGUUAUGGAGGUCAAAGGUCAUAGUGGAAGUGCUGAUUCUGGUUCACCAAACUCCAAUGAAAUUGAUGAGUUCAAAGGGCAUAAAGAGGAGGCUGGAGAAGUGAUGGAGGUCAAAGGUCAUAGUGGAAGUGCUGAUUCUGGUUCAUUUGACAUAAGUGAUGUUGUUGUUGUUGAUGAGAUUGGUGAGUUAGCAGGCGUGAGAAAUGAUCAAAAACCUUCUGACAUUUAUGAGGAUGGUACUUCAGCAAAAGACGGUCAACUCAUCAGUAGCUCACAUCCUAUACCACCAAUAAAGGUGGACUCCUAUAAUUUGGCCCCCUUUGUAGCCAAGUCCGAUGUGCUCAGAUUUCUGUUGCAUUUGAAAGUGAAUCUGGCAAAGAUUGAAUCAAAACCAAACGUUGCAAAUAGCCUUGUAAAGCUUAACAUGGAGCAGGACGUCGUACCUACCAUGCUAUUCUUAAAGGAUGCUGGCAUACCAGACGCCAAAUUAGGAAAAGUUAUUGGCAUUCAUCCUUACAUUUUUGAGGAAAUCGAUAAAGCAAAGCUAGUUGUAGAGUUCUUACAAUUAAAGAAAUUCAAGAAAGAGACCAUUGCACAUAUGAUCGUCGGAGCACCACCCAUUCUGGGACUGAAGGUUCUUACAAUUGACGAGAGGAUCGGGACAUACCAAAAAUUCUUCAAUCUCACUGGUGACCAGGCGAGGGAUGUGAUGGCCAGGGUGCCACGAUUACUUCUCAAUCGUCCCAACGAAUUAAAGGAAACAAUAGAGGUGUUUAGAGGCUACGAGUUUUCAGAUCAACAGUUGAAAAAAAUUCUUCUCAAGUGUCCGUCAGUCUUCAAAAGACCAAAGGAGACCAAUUUGGAGCAUCGUCUGGAAUACUUACUGACAGAUAUCCCGAUGGAUCAGAACACCAUUGCCGAGUUUGGCUAUAUCCUCCUGUACCCAUCUAACCCCAUCAAGGAGCGCCAUCAGUUCUUGCUGGAGCUUGGCCGCGCCCAGUAUGAUCCCACGAAGGAAAGUUACAUCUCUCCAACAGAUUUAGUGUGUACACCAGAGUUGAAAUUCUGCAAGCUUGCCAGAACAACCCCAGCAGUAUUUAAGGCGUUCAAAAAGACCCUGUAGACAUGGAACAAUUUUAUUGUAU